AUGCUUAGCACACUUGCUUUGAAGUAUUGCCAUCAGAUUCUGUACGAUCCGAAAUUCUUGAUAAGAAAAGAAUUCAAGUUUAAAAAACUACCAAUUAUUGUUAGAAUGUUGAUAAUAAAACUAAUGGACCCAGCUGAACGAUUCGCAUUGAGUCUUACUUCGAAACGGAUGAAAAUGGAAGUGAGGCUGAUCAAAAAACGAUAUUAUUACCCUGAAAUAGUUUUCCAUGAAAGCGAUUCGUUUAUAACACUGCGUGAAGACCCAUCUUUUAAAGUAUGGUGUAACAGCUUCGGGUAUAAGAGCAAAGGAGAAAGAGGAAAUUACUGGUUACAAUACAAAAAAAGGACGUCAAUUCAAAACACAUCUCUAGCUAUCAUCAGGCUUUCCCAUGUUAUCAAUAUCACCGGUCUCAGAAUUCAUUUCACCAAACCAAAUCCAAGUUUGGUAUUUCUCAAAAAGAUAUUCUCAAACAACACGUUCAAAACAGUUUGGAACAAAAUCACAUUGUAUGGAAUUGAAUUCAAUUCAGAGAUCGUCAACUUCUUUUUGAAUAUGGCGGAUCGUCGUAAAGAGUUUCAAAUUUUCAACUCUGACAUGCCAUUGGAUUUCAAGCAUAAGAAUGCUUUCAAAUUUGGAACCACUGAUUACGGUGAUGCACGAUGGGUCACUUUGAGUGACAUGUUUCAAAUCAGAGGUGUAGAAAAUGUGUCAUUGGGAAGGACUACACUUACUUCUAUUAAUGUGAGACACUUCAUUGCCCGUUUUAUUAGUUCGGCAGACGAUAUGUUCAAAUGGAUGCAGAUUAGAGCGAUGGAAACUAUUCAGUUGGAAGGACUAUUCAACAAUUUGGUUGUGUUGGAGCGUCAUGCCGACUCUCCCAACAUUGGAUAUUUCACACUUGCCAUGUCCUCUUCACGAAUCUACAAGCUGUUAUUUAUUCAUCAUAAUAUAGAUUCUGUGACACUAUCUGCAUGGAAACCUUCUGAGGUAGUGAAAUAUGGAAAUACCAAGAAAGAGGUCAAAAAGGUUUAUGUCAUCAUGAAACUGUUGAAGAGGAAGAAAACAUUGGAAAAGAAAUUUGAAGAAUCAAGAGAUGCAACUAAAUGGAGAGAUUUGAGCAAUCGAAUUCAGAAAUUGAAAAGAAGGAUUCAUGAGUUGGGAGUGGUUUAUCGAGAUGGAAGAGCCACUAUUUAA